GUUCUGGGUAGGGAUAUUGUUUCUUACUUUGGGGAUUGGACCUGAUUUUUGGUUUGGUUUUGGGUUAGGUUCUAGGUGGACUUUUAACUUUAGUGUUUGACAAUCAAAUUUGCGUUAGGUUUGCGGGUACUCUUGCUGGACAGGACCGCUGGACGCAUACUACCCAAUAAAUCAGGUUGCUAUUUCAAUGGAUACUCAAUUACUGGGUGUUUUGCAUCACUAGGCUCUCUGAUUCCCAUAGAUGCAAAAUGCUGUUAUGGUCUCUGAUCUUCUUCACACAUUGUUACAGUACUUGCUACUGUUCCGACCCAUGAGUUUCAUUAUCUAUCAAUAUCCUCUCAGCCAAUAUGUGUCUCCCUUCAACAAUCUUUUAUUAAUUUCACUGACCCAUCAACCCAGAUAUUAAUUUAGGUGUAAUAGCUGGCAUCCUCCCAGAGAAUGCGCAGAGAGUAUGUCUCCGUUCCAGGACAUGCCAAAACCGCACAUGAUUUCAUGCUUGUGAACGAAGAAGCUUACAGGACAUUCAUCUUGAGCUCUUUUUAUGGUGCAGAGCCUAGAUGGUUGCACUCUUCAUGUACUGCAGAAAAAUGGGAUGAUAGAGAUUGCAAAAAGCACAAUCUGGACAACGUCGCCAAAGCAGCCAUCUUCAAAACACUUGAUCCCAUCACCUUCUCCAAGAUUAAGCAUCUCAAGACUGGCAUGGAGAUUUGGCAAGGUCUUGGGAAGCUAUGUGAGGGAUCAGAGGACCUAAGAAAGCAGAAGAUAGAAGUCCUGCUUGAGAAGUUCAAAAGCUUUAAAAUGCUUCCCGGAGAAUCAUUUGACAUGUUGGAUGAAAGAUUCCACAAAAUAUUGAAUGAUCUUGCCUCACUUAACCACAUUCUUUCUCCCAAAGAAAAGAAUGUAAGGCUGCUGAGAUCACUCCCAACUGAGUGGUACACCAAAGCCACAGCCAUGGAAGAAGGAAGAAACCUGGAAAACUACACUGUUCAAGGUCUCCUUGAUGAACUCAGAACCUAUGAGCACGAUCUCAAAAAGAAGAAGGAAGAACAAGUCACUCCCUUCCCCACGGCAUUGAUGACAACUUCAAAAAUUCCAUCAAGUGAAGGGAUAUGCACAAGAAACAGUGACACACCUUCCUCCAGCCAGCCGACAAGCUCAAAAAUGGAGAACUACGAAGAGGAAUUUGCCAUGAUGGUCAAACAAUUCUGGAAGUUCAAGAAGUUCUUCAAGAAGGCUGAUUCAAUCAGAAGGCCAUCCAAGGGAAAGACACAGGUAAGUGACUCCCCUCUUGAAUCUUAUUUAUGUUAUAACUGCAGGAAGCCUGGCCACUGGAAGUCAGCAUGCCCGUACCCAAAGGUGGAGAAGUACGGAGAAAGAGAAAGGAUCGAGAAUAAAGAGAAAGCAAUGGUUGCUGCUGAAAGUGACGAGUCAUCCAGCUCAAGCUCGGAUGAAGAAGCCCUCGUCUGCAUGGAGCGCAAAGUUGAGAAGUCCAACCGUGAGGAUAGGUGGACUAUGUCAGAAGAUGACACUCUCUGCCUAAUGGCCAAGGAUGAUGUUGAUCAAGAGGUAAAAUCCCUUAACAAAGAGUUAGGGAUACUCAAGUCCCAAGAAGCAGUGAACAAGCUGCUUGAAACGACCAAACAUAAAGGUCGCAAAGGACUUGGGUUUGACCCCUCUAGUUCCAAAAGGAAAGGGAAGACAACUUUCAUCCCUCCUAAACCUACUUCCAAAUCUAAUAAGCAGAAAGGGAAGGAAAAGGAGAAACUAACAGAAGUUCCCAAAAAGGAAGCCGCUAAGUACCCAGGUGUCUGGUACUUAGACAGUGGCUGCUCAAGACACAUGAUGGGUGAUGCGAGCCUUUUAAGCAAUCUAAUUCCCUAUGAUGGUCCAAGGGUUACUUUUGGAGGAAGCAACGAUUUUGGCCUUACUAAAGGGCUAGGAAAUCUGGUGUACAAGGGACUAACCAUCCAAGCUGUAUCUUAUGUUGAAGGACUCAAUGUGAUAAAGCAUGAUCAUGAGGUUCUGGAUCUAUCUGACAAGGAUGACGAAGUCAAUGAAGGUGAUAGAAUGAAGACUACGGAGUUCAUUCCAUUCAGAAGUCUACCACUGAAGACUUCACAGAGAAAUCCGGAUUCAAACACUGCUGAGCCUACCGGAAAUCUUGGCCAGCCUUCCAAUAUUCCGGAUCACUCAAACGACGACAAUUCCGGAAAUGGCAACCCAGUGCCAAUCCAUCCGGAAACACCAACAUCUGUUCUUCAACCAGAAGCUGAACUAGAUCAACCAGUCAAUCCUAAUCAACACAAUCUUCGUUGGUUAAGGGAUCAUCCUCCCCAACAAAAGUUAGAAGCCAAGUGCUCCUCAUCAACGUUCUAUCAAUCCUAUCUGGAGAUGAUUGCUGCUCAAGAACUCUCCGAAUUUCUUCAUAUGGAGAUUCGAUUCAAGUAUGAGAAUGAAGUUCUUGAAUUCUAUAAAAACGGAAAGGUCAAGACUGUCAAAUCGAAGAAGGACCCACAAAGGACGAUUCAACUCAUCAAUUCCACUGUUGGAGGGACAAAAGUGAAGCUUUCGCAGAAGAAAUUGGGAGAAAAGCUUCACCUUCCCAACUCUGGAGUUGAAAUUGGGAGACUUCCACCCAAAAAUCUGGAUUGGAGCGUUAUUGGAAUUUCUGGGCAAAAUCCCUCUGGCCCAGCGAAGAAAGCUCAUUUGAACAACGACUACAAGCUAGUCCUUGAACUUAUUAUCGCAUGCCUCGAAUGUGGAAGUGGAGGACAUGCUGAUGACAUCACCCAAGAGAGGGCCUUCAUCAUCAAUGCCCUCAUUACCAAGUCUAAGGUAAAUUGGGCUGCUCAUUUCUUCAAUUCCAUCUCAAAACACCUGGGAAAACCCAAUCAGAAAUACCGUUGUCAAGGUCUGUACAUUGGACAUAUCUUGGAGUCCUUGGGUGCUGCUUCUGAAGGAAAGAAGUAUGAAGCCAGAUAUUGGCUGUACUAUCUGUCUUCCAAAGGGGAAAACAGAGCUGGUGCUAGCACAACUGCAGAGGAAAGUGUUGGAGUUGUGCCCUGAUGGCCAACUGUUUAUCGUUAUUCUAUCAUGUAUAGGCAGAUAUAAUAUGUUUACACAUCUCAUGCUAAUGUAAACAAAUAUUAUAUUCCUAGAUUUAUAUUUAAAAGAUGUGUAUCAGAUAGUGUUUUUCUGCUGAUGAGACUAACAUCUUGAAAUAAAUAUUUAUCUAAAUG